UGAGGCCGCAGCCGGCACUACUUCCCUGCCAGCAGCUUCAUUGUGUGCGCGAGGAGCGAGCGGCGGCGGAGAGCGGGCGAGCGAGCAGCAGCGCGAGCGCGGCGAGGAGAGCGAGCGCGCCGGGGAGGGUGCGAGGCGGCGCCCGCUGCUGCGCUCCGCCCGCCUGCCGGCAACUCUGCCCCAGGCGCCACGCGCGGCGCACCGCACCGUCCUGCCACCACCGGGGUCCCGCCACUACCGGGGUCCCGUCUGCUGCCGUCGCGGGCAAGGGGUCUGCUCGGGUCUGGGGUCCCCGCUCGGGAACUGGGGCAUCCCUGGCGCAGCCAAGAGGCACGGAGCCCACGGGGAGCGUAAAUUGCGCUGCAGCACUCGCCUGCUGAAACGGCGUGGGCAGGCGGGUGGCGGAGCUCCGCGACGCCCUGAGGGCAGGGGCCCCGACUUCUCCGGGGGAGACCCAACCCCGAGGGCCGCACAGAGCGAGCGUGCUCCUGUCGCGCUGGACCUUGCGCUCAUCCCCAGCGUACCCCACUUCUUCACAAACUUUUCCGACGCCCUCGCCCGUGGGGUCGCAGUGAGAGCCAGGGCUGCUCGCUGGACUCCAGACCCGCCGGACCCUAGCCACGCUGACCUCCUGCCUCUUGUAGCUUCAGUGGCGACCUCUCCAGGCCGGGCCGGGCACGACACUCGAGGCAAGCGCGGCAACGACCGGCGCUCUCCCAAGGCUCCCUCGCCUCCCCCCCAGCCCCCGGGGCAGGCGGACGGGGUAAUGCCCUCGGUGAUGGAGAAGCCGAGUGCGGGCUCGGGGAUCCUGUCCCGCAGCCGGGCCAAGACGGCGCCCAACGGCGGACAGCCGCACUCGGAGGAUGACAGCAGCGAAGAGGAGCACUCGCACGACAGCAUGAUCCGUGUUGGAACCAAUUACCAGGCCGUAAUUCCGGAGUGCAAGCCUGAGAGUCCAGCCCGCUACAGUAACAAGGAACUGAAGGGGAUGCUGGUGUGGUCGCCCAACCACUGCGUGUCUGAUGCCAAGCUUGACAAGUACAUUGCGAUGGCCAAGGAAAAGCAUGGCUACAACAUCGAGCAGGCACUGGGCAUGCUUUUGUGGCAUAAACACGAUGUGGAGAAGUCACUGGCUGACUUGGCCAACUUCACUCCAUUCCCCGAUGAGUGGACAGUCGAGGACAAGGUGCUGUUUGAGCAAGCCUUCGGCUUCCACGGCAAGUGCUUCCAGCGGAUCCAGCAGAUGCUGCCCGACAAGCUGAUUCCCAGCCUGGUGAAGUAUUACUAUUCUUGGAAGAAGACCCGAAGCCGAACUAGUGUGAUGGACAGACAGGCACGGCGGCUGGGUGGCCGCAAGGACAAAGAAGACAGUGAUGAGCUUGAAGAGGGACGAGGAGCUGUGAGUGAGGGAGAACCAGAUGCUGGAGAUCCCAAGAAAGAGCCUCUGCCCUCUCGGCCCCUGAAUGCACGCCCUGGCCCUGGGAAGAAGGAGAUCCAGGUGUCACAGUACCGCCAUCACCCACUACGAACCCGGCGACGCCCACCCAAGGGCAUGUACCUGAGCCCUGAGGGCCUCACUGCAGUGUCUGGAAGUCCAGACCUCGCCAACCUCACACUCAGAGGUCUUGACUCUCAGCUCAUCUCCCUCAAGCGCCAGGUACAGAGCAUGAAACAGACCAAUAGCAGCCUGCGCCAAGCCCUGGAAGGUGGCAUUGACCCACUCCGCCCCCCUGAGGCCAAUACCAAGUUCAACUCCCGCUGGACUACAGAUGAACAACUUUUGGCUGUACAAGCCAUCCGUAGAUAUGGCAAAGACUUUGGGGCUAUUGCAGAGGUGAUUGGGAACAAGACUCUGACCCAGGUGAAGACCUUCUUUGUGAGCUACCGACGCCGCUUCAACCUGGAGGAAGUGCUGCAGGAAUGGGAGGCUGAACAGGAUGGGGCCCCUGCAGCCCCAGUGCCCAUGGAGGAGGCCAGGCGAGGGGCUCCUGUGCCAGCUCCAACUCUAGAGGAAGAUGAUGAGGUCCAGAUCACAUCUGUCUCAACAUCUGUGCCCCGAUCAGUACCCCCUGCGCCACCACCCCCUCUACCACCCACCUCCCUAUCCCAGCCACCUCCAUUGCUGAGGCCACCCCUGCCUACGGCUCCCACUCUGCUCCGCCAGCCACCCCCACUCCAGCAGGGCCGUUUCCUGCAGCCCCGGCUGGCCCCCAACCAGCCCCCACCACCUCUCAUCCGCCCAGCUCUGGCUGCCUCCCGCCACAGUGCCCGCCCUGGCUCUCAACCCCCACCAACUCUGAUUGGAGCCCCUCUGGAGCCUCCAGCACCCUCACUCUGAGUCCUGAGUCCUCCACCCCACCUGAAGACUCCUGGACCCCUCUGCUGGACAUCUCUAGUGUCAUUGAGGACAGAAGGAAUUGGGGCUCUUUCCAGGUCUUUCAGAGACCCAGAGCUGCCAGUUGACACAGCAGGGACCUGUGGGUUCUGCGUGUGUCCUGGCAGCUGAGCCUGGUAACCCCCCAGCCAGGGACUGGGGUCUGGGGUCCUUUCAAGAUGGCUCAAGGGGACUCUGCUUCCUGGCUGGGACUGGAAUGGCUGCUUCCCCUGCCUGUGGGGUGCUUGGCCUUUUGGCCUGCCCUUUGUGUGUAAAGGGUAGUGACCUUAGUGUUCAGUGUGGAAAAGGACAGUUUGGGGUAUUGGCUGACCUCAUUCACCUUGCCCUCCUUUGAGCAAUAAGUCUGGGGUGAGGUGGGGAGGGGGCUGGAGGGAAGGUGGGGGCAGAGAUUCCUUGGGGCCUGACAUUAGCAGAUGCUGCAAAGGGACACUGUCUUCAGGGAAUGCUGAGAAGUUAUGAGGAUGCUCACUUUGCUCCCCCCCACCCAGAAAAAAAAGCUUGGAGAAAGGGGGGGGUAUUGGGAACUUAAUGCAUACAUGGGUUUAUUUUUCAACAUUUUUAAUAAAU